GUGGGGGUGUGUGCGCUAGUCCCCUCGGAUGAGCACACGCGUCUGAGGAUGCAGCUGGGAGCAUGAGUUCUGACCAGGAGGAGUAUGACAUGGUCUGUCAGAAAGCUGUGACCCUAAUUGUUGACCUCUGCCUGCACAACAGCACCCUGUUGGAUCAGGAGACCUGUCAGGAUUUCAUCUUCAUCUUGACCAGCCAGGGCUUUGAUCACAAAGACGCAGACGCUACUUUUGGCCUUGUGCUCGCUGUGUUUCUUGUUUGCGGCCUCGCUCUGCUGGGCCUUCUCACAUUAGUCUCCUGGAAGCUUUGCUGGGUGCCUUGGCGGAGCAAGGCCCAGUUCCCAAGCCCGUCUCUCAGCCCGGCCUGUGGCCCGCAGCACUGCCCGCUCCAGCCGUCCCUCCCUCUGCCCAGUCCCCAGCAGCAAGUGAUCACCAUGGCGACAGAGAAGGUGAAAGACCCUGUGGGUUCAAUGGGCUUCCUGGAGGCGGCCGUAAAGAUAAGCCAUACUUCCCCCGACAUCCCCGCCGAUGUGCAGCUCUCCAUGAGGGAGCACUUCCUGCGCCGCACACAGCGCAUGCAGAGGCAAACCACUGAGCCGGCCUCCUCCACACGGCACAACUCUUUCAAAAGACACCUCCCCAGGCAGAUGCAGGUGGGCAGCUUAGAUCUGGGAAACGACUACAUGGUGGACAGGGAAGAAAAGCCAACCAGCCUGGGGCGCAUCCAGCCAGAGCUCUACCAGCAGAAGGCCUCUGAGUCAGAGGAAUCGUCCAAGAAUGGCGGCGAAAAAAACUGUGGCAGGAUUAACUUCUCGCUCAAGUACGACUACGAAAAUGAGGCGUUGCUUGUCAAUAUUCUCAGGGCUGUUGACCUACCUGCCAAGGACUUGUGUGGCACCUCUGACCCUUAUGUGAAGGUCUACCUGCUGCCUGACCGCAAGAAGUUCCAGACGCGCGUCCACCGGAAGACGCUCAAUCCCACGUUCAGCGAAAGCUUCCAGUUUCCUGUGCCUUACGACGAGCUGCCUGUCAGGAAGCUACACAUGAGCGUCUUUGACUUUGACAGAUUUUCCCGGCAUGAUAUGAUCGGGGAAGUGGUGCUGGAGAAUUUGUUUGAGAUGUCAGACCUGUCGAGGGAGACGAACAUAUGGAGGGACAUCCAGUAUGCUACAAGUGAAAGCGUUGACCUUGGGGAGAUCAUGUUCUCACUCUGCUACCUGCCCACCGCUGGCAGACUCACACUAACCGUCAUCAAGUGCAGGAACCUCAAGGCUAUGGACAUCACCGGGUACUCUGAUCCAUAUGUCAAAGUAUCGCUCAUUUGUGACGGCAGACGUUUGAAAAAGAAGAAGACGAGCAUUAAAAAGAACACCCUGAACCCCACAUACAACGAGGCCAUCAUCUUCGACAUCCCUCCAGACAGCAUGGACCACGUCAGCCUGCACAUCUCUGUGAUGGAUUAUGAUUUGGUGGGUCAUAAUGAGAUCAUUGGUGUGAUGAGGGUUGGAAGCCAUGCUGAGGGACUUGGCAGGGACCACUGGAAUGAAAUGCUGGCUUAUCCACGGAAGCCUAUUGCACACUGGCAUCCCCUCCUGGAGUCCAAGAAAUCUGAGAAGGAGUGGAAGGCGAGAACUGCCAGCUUUGACAGCCAGGGCUCUUGCCCCUCACCGAGGCCCCCUGCUAGUCCCUGAGAUGAGCUACCUGUGACCCAACGGCCCAGAAGGGGUUUCCUCCCUCCUCUUGAUCCACUUCCUCUCUGUGUGGUUGAGGAGAAACACAAUCCCACUGUCUCUCCCUUCUUCCUCUCUCUCUGUCUCUCACUCCCAAAUCCUUCACUUCCUCAAAUCUAGUCCCAGAGCACUCCCAAGUACUGAACUAGGACUUUCCGUCUGUCAGCUAAGAGAAUCUCAGACGUUUCUCAACAUGGCUGGUGUGAUAGCCUGAAGCUAGCAUUGUUUUCUAGGAGACUUGCUGGAAAUCCUGUCUGCAGACAUUGAUUGUUGAUUUGUCCAAGCUUAGGUAAAUCGAGCUUGUUGGCAUCACAAAGGACCUGGAAAAACAGAGGUUUUAACUAUGAGCCAUGGAGUCUCUUUGAUGGAAAAGGCCCUGUUGGAUAUCACUCCAUGAAAGCAGCAGAUGUUUCACAAAGGGAAGCUGAGCACAUGCAUUGCCAAGCAAGGGAAAAAAGAGAUGAUUUUUAAAAACAAGCUGUUUUAGAAGUCUAUGGCUCACUCACAUUUAUUUUUGCAGUCCUGAAUUGACAUAUAGUACUCCUUUUUUAAAUUAUUUAUAUAUAUAUAAUUAGCUUUAAAAUGUAUUUAGUUUAAAAUACUAUCUAUUUCAUUAUAGCUUAAGAUGUUUGUUUUAUUUAUGAGAGGAAGGGUCAGGCUGAAAUCUCAAGUAUCUCUUUGGUGUAUCUUUCAAAAUCUGAAAAGAAAAACAAAACAAGGCAACAGGAAUUCAGAUUUGAGCAACCUGGUUUCCACUGCAGUUCAAAAGUUCAGGGAACUUACAAACUUCACAAUGUCACGAAGGCACAGGAGUCUGACACUGUUAAAAAUAACAAAUAUUAAAACGCUUUGUGUAAAAACAAGUGAAGCUGUUAAUGAAGAGAGGUGCAAAGAUCUCCGUCAACAGGGACUUUUCAAGCACACUUUUAACGCUGGAAUCUUUUUAUCACCUUGGUGUUCAGUUUCUUCCAAAAUAAAACAGAAAUGCUUGAUUUUCUUCCAAAAUACGCUACAAAAAAGCACUUUUGUCUCCUUGUUAGGUUUAUUUUUGUUACUUAUUUUGGUGAAUGUAAAUAUAUUUAUGUACAGGUGCUCUGCUGUUUGUUUUCCUUUCCUAAAUUAAAGAAUAUAAAAUGAGAACAUAAGUAGAAUUUUAAAAAAGGAUAUUUUGAAUUUUUGUGGUAUUUUUUGUGGUUUGUGAUCAUGGUUAAAAAAACAAAAGAAAAAAAUAAAGUGAUAAUAUUCCCCCUUUUUUCUUUUUCAAAUGCCACAUUUUUCUGUUUAUUUUUUCACUAAAUAAUCAGUUAGGUCCAUGUAGGGGAAUUAGCAGUAAAUUAUCAUCCCCACAAAGGUAAAUCGAAAAGGUUGUAGUAUGUUUUACAGAACAAAAUGCAGUUAUACCAAACCAAAUAGAGUGGAACUUUUCCACACAGCCAAAAGAAAACCGUUUUUAUGCUAGUUAGCAACAUUAGCUAAUGAGAUUAGCAACAUUAGCUCUUGUCAUUUGGUAUUUUGAUAAGAGCUCUAGAUCGUGUUGAAAUUGAGAACUUUUUUUAACUAUAAUGGGCAAGCAAGUAUGUUUUUGUUUAACCAUUUCACAUUGGUGUUUCUGUCUUCCUUGUUCAGCAUUAAACCUUUCUGUAAAAGUUUCUAUUUCUGCUAGUGUUUAUUUGCUUACGGUAGCCUGCAAAAUCUGUUAUCUGAUGUAGGUCUCUCCCCAAUUUGAGUCACAUUUAAGGUUUCACUAUCAAAUAGAAGUUGCACAUAUCGCAGUUGCCUGAUUAGCAAUCAGGCAAAUUAGAAAUAAUCCUAAAUGUUCACAACAUGAAAACAACAUGGCUGACCUUUCCAGCACAAACAAUUACUGUUCAGGGUAUUUAAAAUGUACAUUUCUUACUUUUGGGUUUUUAAUAAAAGUAACUAUACACAUUUUUGCUUAUUUUUAUUAUUAAUACAUUUCUAAUUUAAUUGACAGUUUGGUUUGUUCUGUUUUUCCAUUCGGAAGACAUAUGGCAUUUGCUUUAAAUACUUAUUAUAUAAAAUUUUAUGUAUUGAAAGUAUUGUUUUUAAAUUUUAUUUAUUUUUACAUAAAAUACAGGUAUGAAAACAUCAUAUCCCAAAAUAACUACUACAACUUUUAGAUUUGCAACUUUUAGAGAUGAACAGCAAAAUAUAUUGUUUAUUCACAUCUGUACAAAAAAGUUUAAUGUUUUCAAAAUCUAUUUAGAAUAGAAAGAGCAGCAUAAAGUGUGGUUGUAGCUCACCUUCUUCAUGUUAGUGACUCACGUCGGGCAACGACUCAUAUCGGAUAAUGACAGUCUUCACUUUCAUUUUUAGAUUCUGCAAACAACCAUCUGCUGCAGCGUCUGCUAACUGUGUAAUCUGAUUUAUUGUUAUUGCUACGGAGUCUUUUGUUAGCAAGCAGACAUAAAAGGCAGUCAAUUCUAAAAACUUUACAGCUGUAAGAUAAAAGCACAUUUAUCUUGUAUUUGUAUCAGUUUAUGAUUGUUUUAUGUUGUAAUACAGAAAUUAUUAUAUUGUAAAUGAUCAUGACAUUGUGAGAUUUUCUAUUCUGUGUUCUCCGACAUUGUUUUAAAAAAGAUCAUAAUCAUGUUUGUUUUUACCAAAACAUGUUAUUCAGGUCCAUUUUCCUGUAGCGUCCCGUUUCAGUUUGUGUUUCAGUUUGAGCCUCCAGAUGCAGUAAUUGAUGUCAAGCUCCUUAUUAAGACAUCUAGAACACAAUAUGAGAAGCUGCAAUCUGGAGAUGAUACCUGGCAGGACAGCUUCUUAACAACAAUCACAGAUUACAGUUUGUACAGACGCAUUUUACUUUGUGCCACAGAGUAUGUCAUGGGAAAAUCGGAGGCAGACAUGAAGACACAAGCAGAUGGAUUCAGCAGACCCGGAAAGGUCUGUUUUAGACAUUUCCGUAGCGGAUAAAUUUACCCGCAGCAAGUCGUUUGGCACCUUGGUGUUAAACUGAAAGCCUAAGAUGACAGAGCGGGGGAAGCUGUUGGGCGGACAGGUCAGCAUCAACAUAACUGUGGCAUUUCUCUAAUUGGCACUUGUUAGAGCAAGAAUGAGUCAGUGCAUUGUUCAUGCUUGACGUAUUCUACCAUAGCAUCAACACGCUGCUCUAAUUCAGUUAUUUGAAUGUUGAAGUUCUUCUUUAGACUAAUGGCAUUAUUAGAUUUCUACUAUCUAAACAAGUGAGUGAAUUAUUGUGUUGUUUCUGCUCCUUUUUUAAAAAAAAAACAAUGUAUUUUAUGAUGGUCAUAUUUCUCUGAUAACGUGGUGUGUUUUCAUCGUCGGUGGAACCUGUUAGGUCAAUUGCCUCAGUUUAUGGACUGUUUUAAGACCUUCUAGCUUUGCCUAAUAUUGUACUGUUUGUUGAUAUGAUCUUGUAAUCCUUUCCAAAUGUUAAAAUAGCUCUGAGGUUUAAAUUUUUUAUUAAGCAUUUUGUAUUUGUAAUAAUAGAGAUGUUGGUUAAGACAAAUGGGUUCUAGAUAAACUCAGUGAUCCAGUGUGUAAUAAAGUCAAACUGAAAUACAAAACUG